GCCCCCAAACCAACCACCUCCACGACCACCACCACCCUGUCCACAAAUGUCUUCGUGCAUUGUUAAAUCGGCUUAUGAUCAGGGAAAAGUACGUUGAUUCCACAUGUUACUCGUAUAUCAUUUCGGCAGUCGGCGAGGUAUUUUCAAACGGUAAACAUAUGCACGCAAUCCGAUUUUCCAGCGGUGGAUUAACUUGGAACAGUCUAAACCGCGGCUGGGAAGUAAUUAUCCAAAGAGGGUCAACUAUCGAAGGGGAUUAUUCAAAAAAUUGAUUCCCUUUAGAAAAUGAGUUUGGUGCGACCUCUUAAGCCCGCCCUCCAAGACAUAUGCAUCAGGGAGUUGAACGAGGUGCCCCAGCGGGUGUCCCAGGACAUCGAGGCUCUGCGAGAAUGGGUCUUGAAGCAACCGCAUCUGCGGGCCUGCACCGACGACCAGUUCCUGCUCGCCUUUCUGCGCGGGACCAAGUUCAGUCUGGAGCGAGCCAAAGAGAAGUUUGAUCGGUUCUAUACGCUACAGGGAUCCAUUCCCGAGGUCUUCAAUGACCGUCGACUGGCCACCGACCCGCAGGUCCUAGAUAUAAUAAGGAUGGGAGUUCUCCUCCAAAUUCCCAUGGAUGCGGACGAUCCGGGACCUCGCGUGACCAUCAUUCGGGCUGGUUCCUACGACACCAGCAAAUACAAGUUCCAGGACAUAAUACGCGUAGGUUCCAUGUUCGGUGAGAUCAUGAUGUUCGAGGACGAUAAUGCCACAGUCAGCGGUUAUGUGGAGAUUAUGGAUAUGUCGGGGGUUACGGGAACCCACCUCUUCGCCCUCCAGCCGCAGUUGCUGAGCAAGUUUUCCUCCUAUGCGGAUGAGGCCAUGCCGACGCGCCAGAAGGGCAUUCACUUUAUCAAUGUUCCUGCGGCCUUCGAAACUGGGUUCAACUCGCUAAGAUCCUUUUUCCCGGCCAAAAUCAAGAGCCGGAUCUCGGUGAGCUCCGACCCGGCGGCUAUAUUCGACAUAGUGCGCCGUGAAUACCUACCUAAGGAGUACGGAGGAACAAGGGGCAGCAUGCAGGACAUAAGCCACACCAUGGAGGCGAAACUCACCAGUUAUGGACCCUACUUUCAGGAGUCCCAAAGUUUUGGCGCGAAUAACAAGUUGCGCGAGUUUGGGGAUAGUGUCCGGAAGAAUCAUCGAUCCUCCUUUGGGGCUGUGGGGUCCUUUCGAAAACUGGAAAUCGACUGAAGCCCACCAGCACUAACUAAUCAAUGUCAACUGCGCAGAUACCUUAAUCUUAUCUGGAAAAGCAGGCAGUCGCAAUUCCAAACAUAUCGAGUUGUAGAUUAUCCAAUAUAUAAAAUCCCUCGGGAGGUUUGUGGAAAACUGGUGAGCCAUAACCACAAAGCGCCAGAAUAUGUGAUCUGUGACAUUUUCAGGAGAACACUAUGCAUAUUCGUUAAAAUAGACACCUAUUAUAAAUAUAUGUUUUUAGUUUUGUUAAUAAAUUGUACUCUAUUAAUUAAA